AUGUGCGGAUUCGUCACAUCAUUCUGGUGUCACUUUCUCCUCAUCACGCUCUCUCUCGCACUCGCCGUCUUCUUCUCCCUCUCCCUCUCCUUUUCCCGCUCCUUCUCCCACUCUCUCUCCCCCUCGCUCUCCCUCUCCCCCUCUCUUACCCUCUCCCUCCUUCUCUCCCUCCUUAUCCAAUUCCAUAAUGGGUCUUCUCCAUCAAACCACCUCGGGGAUCUCAAGGCGUGCCGCCCUUCACAGCGGGAGCGUUGGAAUCUCAUCUGA